AUGGCGGGGGGUCGGAGGGGACUUGUGGCCCCCCAGAAUACUUUUUUGGAGAAUAUUGUCAGACGGUCGAACGAUACCAACUUUGUCCUGGGAAAUGCUCAGAUAGUGGACUGGCCCAUCGUCUACAGCAAUGAUGGUUUCUGCAAGCUGUCGGGGUAUCACAGAGCAGAGGUGAUGCAGAAAAGCAGCACCUGCAGCUUCAUGUACGGGGAGCUCACAGACAAGGACACGACAGAAAAAAUGCGACUAACAUUUGAGAAUUAUGAGAUGAACUCAUUUGAAAUACUGAUGUACAAGAAAAACAGGACACCUGUUUGGUUUUUUGUGAAGAUUGCUCCUAUUCGAAAUGAACAAGAAAAAGUGGUCCUGUUUCUCUGCACAUUCAGCGACAUCACAGCCUUUAAACAGCCUAUUGAAGAUGAUUCUUCCAAAGGCUGGGGAAAGUUUGCCCGACUGACUCGUGCUCUAACAAGCAGCAGAGGAGUUUUACAACAGCUGCAGCCCACAGUUCACAAAGGAGAGAACGUCCUCAAGCACUCCCGCCUCGCUGAGGUUCUGCAGCUCGGUUCAGAUAUCCUACCUCAGUACAAGCAGGAGACCCCCAAAACUCCACCUCACAUCAUCCUGCACUACUGCCUCUUCAAGACCACGUGGGAUUGGGUCAUCCUUAUCCUCACCUUCUACACUGCCAUCAUGGUGCCCUACAAUGUCUCCUUCAAGAUGAAGCAGAACAACGUGAUGUGGCUGGUGGUAGACAGCAUUGUGGAUGUCAUCUUUUUGGUGGACAUUGUUUUAAACUUCCACACUACAUUUGUUGGACCUGCUGGUGAGGUCAUCUCAGACCCCAAGCUGAUUCGAAUGAAUUACCUGAAAACUUGGUUUGUCAUUGACCUGCUGUCCUGCCUGCCAUAUGAUGUCAUCAACGCCUUCGAGAAUGUAGAUGAGGGCAUCAGCAGUCUAUUCAGCUCACUUAAGGUUGUCCGGCUUCUCCGUCUGGGUCGAGUCGCCCGUAAACUGGAUCACUACAUUGAGUACGGGGCAGCGGUCCUGGUGCUGCUCGUGUGUGUUUUUGGAUUGGCUGCUCACUGGCUGGCCUGCAUUUGGUACAGCAUUGGUUUUUACGAGGUUAUUGAUGAGGAAACCAACAUCAUUCGCAAGGACAGCUGGCUCUACAUCCUGGCUGAGACAGUGGGCACACCAUACUACUACAACACCAGCUCAGGGAAUUGGGACGGAGGCCCUAAUAACGACUCUGUCUACAUUACUUCUUUGUACUUCACCAUGACCAGCCUGACAAGUAUAGGCUUUGGUAACAUCGCCCCGACGACAGACGGAGAGAAAAUCUUUGCAGUGGCCAUGAUGAUGAUUGGAUCCCUUCUUUACGCCACCAUUUUUGGUAACGUGACAACGAUUUUCCAGCAGAUGUACGCCAACACGAAUCGUUAUCACGAGAUGCUCAAUAGUGUCCGGGACUUCCUCAAGCUCUACCAGGUCCCCAAGGGCUUAAGUGAAAGAGUUAUGGACUAUAUCGCCUCCACCUGGUCCAUGUCGCGGGGUAUAGACACUGAAAAGGUGUUACAGAUUUGUCCGAAGGACAUGAGAGCAGAUAUUUGUGUUCAUCUCAACCGCAAAGUUUUUAAAGAGCACCCAGCUUUCCGGCUGGCCAGUGAUGGGUGUCUCAGAGCACUGGCCAUGGAGUUUCAGACUAUCCACUGCGCCCCCGGUGACCUGAUCUAUCACGCUGGUGAAAGCGUGGACAGCCUCUGUUUUGUGGUGUCAGGAUCACUGGAGGUCAUUCAGGAUGAUGAGGUAGUGGCCAUUUUAGGAAAGGGAGAUGUAUUUGGGGAUGUUUUCUGGAAAGAGGUGACUCUGGCUCAGUCCUGCGCCAAUGUCCGAGCUCUGACCUACUGCGACCUCCACGUUAUUAAACGCGACGCUCUGCAGAAGGUGCUGGAGUUCUACACAGCAUUUUCAAACCACUUCUCUCGAAACCUGCUGCUCACUUACAACCUGCGCAAGAGGAUUGUCUUCCGAAAGAUCAGUGAUGUGAAACGGGAGGAGGAGGAGCGACGGAACCGUAAAAAUGAAGCACCUCUGAACUUGCCGCCAGAUCACCCGGUACGAAAACUCUUCCAGCGUUUUCGACAGCAGAAGGAAGCCCGCAUGGCAACUGGGAAACCAGAACCAGAUGAACAAGAUAUUGAGAAGGGUCCUCUCUAUGUGGACAUCCCCAAAGAUAAAGCAGCUAUUACAACUACCAGUAUUGUCACAGUAACAGAAAGCCCAGCAACACCUUCAUCUUCAACUCCUCAGUCACCAUCACUUCUCAAUUGUACGGCCACAGACAAGGCAAAGCUGCAGGUGCCAUCAUCCAUUUCUUUGGUUGGAGGCCGUUCUGCUGAACCAGCCAAAGUCAAAGGCUGGGGUCGCUUUAAGGAGUCAAUGGCCAAAGCUGACAAGUGGAACACAGUGGCUAAAGCUGAAUCCAUGGAGACUUUACCUGAACGAACCAAGGUGCAGGAAUCCCCGAUGUCUCUAAAGAAGACAGACUCUUGUGACAGCGGUAUUACCAAAAGUGACCUGCGCCUGGACAAAGUGGGUGACUUCCGCAUGACACCCCAGGACCGCAGUCCUGCCCAGCCUUCAGAAAUGAGGCAUUUCUUCUACCCCAUCCCAGAGCAAACGCUUCAGGCCUCACUUCAGGAGCUCAAGCUGGAGCUGAAGGAUGACCUUAAGAACCUAAAUGUUCGAAUGUCUGGCCUAGAGGCACAACUCACAGAAGUCCUAAAACUCCUCAAAGCCAGGAAAUCAAGCUGUGGCUCUCCACAGCAUCUUUUUGACAUUUCUAGACCUGCUUCGCCAGAACUGGAUAAAGAGGACAUCUUCUCGUGA